AUGACGGUGGCGGUGUGCCAUGUCAUGCCGCCGGCGCUGGACGUCGCUGCUCACACUCACACUCGCAUGCCGGCGUCGAUGCCGCCGCCGCCGCAGCUGGACAUGUGGAGCGCCAUGCAGACCCCGGCCGAGGACGUCUGCGCCACCAAGACCCCGACGCCGCCGGCCAAGGCCAAGGUCACCUACCCGAUGGCGACGGUCCGGCGGUCCAUGAGCCACGAGAGCCUCAGCCUCUGCACCGAGAGCGUCGGCUGCGAGACCGGCACCCGCGACGACUUCCUCGACCUGUCAUCCAUCCUCUACGCACCGCCACCGACCCACCAGACCGAGGAUACCGUUACCGGGGACUUCUUCUCGCCGCUGGCAUUGCAAGAAGACGAGGAGGAGGAGGAGGAGGAGGCGAUGGGGGAGGUGCCCCUUAGGGAGGUACAGUACCACCGCGCUCGGCCGCAGCGCGCGUUCCCGCCGCCUCUGCCGUCCAUGUCUCGCCGCGGCGGUGACGACGGCGGACCGUCCCUGCGGGUGCGCCCGCACCGCCGAGACGGGCGCCUCGUGCUGGAGGCCGUGGCCACGAAGCCCCAGGGGUACCUCCAUGCCCAGCGCCAGGACGGCCGCCUCAAGCUCUGUUUCGUGGAGUGCUCCCCUGCCUCGGGAUCUGUUCUCCACCACCAGAAGCAGAGCAUGGUGCAACAGCCACACCAAGAACACAAUAGCGUCGACGAGGAAGACGAUGUCUUCGAGGAGGAGGAGGACGAGGUGGAGGUGGUAGACAGGGGCACGGUGGUGGAGGUAGUGGCGGCGUCCGGCAAAGCGCAGCGGUGCUCGAGGAUCGUCAUCAACAAGUUCGUGGGCGGCGCGCCGGCCAACACAGACGACGCGUCCCCAUCGCGCUGCUGCAGAACUACCGUCGACGAAUUAGCCGCUCCGACCGUGACGCCUGGGCUGCGCCGGGUCCCGUCGUCCACGACGACGCUGGCGGCCGCGGUGGCCGCCGCGUCCACGGGCAUGCAGUCCGACGAGGAGGACGAGGAAGAGGUCGACGACGAGGAGAAGCGGAGCGUGCCGCUGCUGUUCACGUCGCGGGUGGGGGACAGGGAGGAGCUGGUGCAAAGCGUGCGGCGGUGCCGGCAGCUCCGGCGGAGGCCGCUCUUCAUCGUGGAGCCAUACUCCAUCAUCGCCACCUAA